AUGCCUCAAGAAUUUGUGAGUCAGGCUUUCAACUGUGAUGAAAGCAAUGGCCAAGAAAUCAAUGACAAAAGCAGUCUAAAUAAGGUAACUGAUGCAGUUGAUGAAAAUCCAUUUGUAAUCAAGGGUUCAGUAAGUGCAAGAAAGCAACAUAAAACAGCAGUGAACAGUGUUACAAGAAAUGUGGUUGAGACCUUUUCAAAUCACUCCUCAACUUUGACAUCAUUUGGCACAAAAAAUCUUUUGCUGAGUAAUACUAUACCAACAACAGAUUCGGCUUUUGGAUCUCAAGGCAGUUUUUAUGAUCCACUUUGCAUGCAUCGAGCAGCCACUCAAAUUCAAGCAUUGUGGCGUGGUUUCCAAUGUCGUAAUCUUAAUCCAAUGACCAAACAUGCUUAUAUGGAACUCAGGUGUCUGAGAGCUCAACAGCAUAUUACAAAACUUUCAUCUGAAUUGCAACAACAAAGGGAUAUUUGUGAACAGAAAAACAGCUUACUGAAACAGUUUUUGGAAAUUGUCCAAGUUAUGUGGAAAGAGCUUCAUUUAAACAAAGAUGCUAAACAAGGUAAUUUAUCUCACAAUUUUCUCUGCAAAUCUUCUUGCAAGAAUUGUGCCUCUGAGCAUAUAUCAACAACCUUUAACAAUCAGCUAGAAAAUUUACAGCAAACAUGCUAUGUGCUCAACACCCAGGUAAAACAUCUUCAUGAAACUCUGCACACAUUUAUGAUGGGGAAUUUUUUGUGUCAUCCAGGAAAUAACACAGGUCACCCAGAAUUACAUCUCAAGAAUGAUGGUCCUACUUUAAGUAAUCUUGGUUAUUGGAGUUAUGUUUUAGAAGAUCAAGUUAACCUCAAUAUAAAUGACUUUGAAGAAUCAUCACCAGAAACAACUGCUGAUUCUUGUCCAUAUGUCUCCGUUCCUGAUUGCUUAACUCUGCUCCCACUUUCGGGGAAUUCUGUUAUGUUAUCAUGGUCCCCAUCUACAAUUAAAAGGAUUGAUGAAAAUAUAUCACACACACUUCUUGGCUACAAGAUAUAUAUAAAUGAUCAUCCUAUGGCCUUUGUCUCAGCAAAUAAAAACCAGUUGAUUAUAUCAAAUCUCAACAUCCAUUUAACAUAUAUGAUUUAUGUGACCACAAUAUCAACAUUACAAGAAUCCAACAAGUCACAGAAAUUGGUUGCAAACUACUGCUUGAAAAAUGCAGCCAAAGAUAGAAAUAUUCUUCAUUCUGAUGCUUGCAAAACUCUCAGUUCUUCUAAGCUCAAGGAGGGCAUCUAUAUCAGACCUCAGAUCUGA